CAGUUUGCAUCUCCGACCAACCCGAGGCGUCUUUGUUUUGGUGCGUGACCGGAGGAGGCGGGAGCUCAAGAGCGGCGCGUUCUCCUUGCAUCUGGGGUCGUGGCCUUGCUCCCGCUGUGCAAGGAAGUAAUCCCGGCGCCUCCACGCGCGUGUUCGCGCGUGGGCUCUGAGGCGCUCGUAGGUCCGCACUAGGUCUCUGCGGGGGCAGGAGCGGGAGCCAUGGGCGGGACUGCCAGCACCCGUCGGGUCACCUUUGAGGCGGACGAGAAUGAGAACAUCACCGUGGUGAAGGGCAUCCGGCUUUCGGAAAAUGUGAUUGAUCGAAUGAAGGAGUCCUCUCCAUCUGGUUCGAAGUCUCCGCGGUAUUCUGGUGUUUAUGGUGCCUCAGUUUCUGAUGAAGAAUUGAAAAGAAGAGUAGCUGAGGAGCUGGCGUUGGAGCAAGCCAAGAAAGAAGCUGAAAAUCAGAAGCGACUAAAGCAAGGCAAAGAUCUGGACCAAGAGAGGGCAGCUGCCAAUGAGCAGUUAACCAGGGCUAUCCUUCGAGAGAGGAUAUCAAGCGAGGAAGAACGUGCUAAGGCAAAGCACCUGGCUAAGCAGCUGGAAGAGAAAGACCGAGUGCUAAAGAAGCAGGAUGCAUUCUACAAAGAGCAGCUGGCUAGACUGGAGGAGAGGAGCUCAGAGUUCUACAAAGUCACCACUGAGCAGUAUCAGAAAGCUGCUGAGGAGGUGGAAGCAAAGUUCAAGCGGUAUGAAUCUCAUCCAGUCUGUGCUGACCUGCAGGCCAAGAUUCUUCAGUGCUACCGUCAGAACGCCCACCAGACCCUCAGGUGCUCUGACCUGGCCAGCCAGUACAUGCACUGCGUCAAUCAUGCCAAAGAGAUCACGCUUGAGAAGGGAGGAUAAAAACUCUGAGAACACAGACAACACCUUCAACGUUAAUUCCAGAGGUGGAAUGUUUUUUUUCCUAGUAAGAUAAUAACCCAUUUAAAGAGAAGACCACUAAAGAGAAGACCACUAAAGAGAAGCACUGAAGAACAGAUUUGACAGCAUCAUGUCACAUUUUGAUUAGCAACAAUUUGAAAAGCCAAGGCCUAGGUCAGGGAUCAGUCAUCAAAGGACACCCUUCAGUAUUAUAAAUCCCCUUCAUGAUGAUUAAAAGAGAAAGGCAGCCCUCUCCACCUUUUUGUGCUUUCUGUUCUACUUCUACUGACCAUAAAGCGUUGCCAUUCUAACCAAGCCCUGUCGUUUGGUGAACCUCCGCUCUAACAGAGCGGGGUGGGCUGCUGAGUUAAUUGGCGUGGAGGGAGAGGACAGCCCAAAACACACGGAUCUUGGGGCAGUAACGCUGGGUAGAAUUGUCUAGGCUGUGGCAUGUUGGUUUUCUCUCUUUUUCUUUUCUCCUUUGAUUAUGUAAGAGCUAUUUCAUUUUAACUUAUUGUGGUGAUCAUGCAAGUAAGAAGACAAAAGGAGAGAAAAUGUACCUCUUUUACUGGAAUAAUGUUUAUGAUUACAAGCGAAAUAAGGUAUUUUUAUCAAUAUAAAGGCAACCUUGGCUUAUUCAACCUCUAUCGUGAAUGCUGACAUCUUCACUUCACUCCCUAUCAAUAAUAAAUAUAUUUUCUGACAAAGACUG